AUGAUUUCGAAAUUCACCUUCCCAACUAAAUUCUCCAGGACAAUCGGGCGGCAGCGCCAUCUAUCGGGAUUUAUUGUCUACAACGCAUCAUUCGGCACAGGGUUUGGCAAGUCCUGGGUCAUUCUGUUCUUCGUCAGCUUGUUGAAUAGUGUCGCGAACAGGCGCUACAUCAUCGUCUACUUCAGCAGCCUGGCCGAGCCGGACAACAUGCCCGAGUGGUUGCUCAUGCGGCGUCUUUACGUCUGCCUCAGCCAAAAGUACAGGAAGAACCUGGGAGGGCUGUACGUCGUGCAUCCGACAUUCUGGUCGAAGAUGGUGACGUGGUACCAGACAACGUUUAACUUUGCGGAGAUCAAGGAUAAGGUACAGCUCCUUGGUGGGGUGGAAUACCUCUACCACUUCGUCGACCCUCAGGAAAUCGUCGUACCCAACUUCGUACUGGAUUAUGAUUUCAAGGUGAGGGAUGUGCGCAUGUUGUGGUCGUCUGCAAGUUGCGCCUUAUCUAAACGUGGCUUCUAA